CGUCCGCAGGCGAGGGUAUAGAGCAGAGCGCCGAUCUCCGAGAACCGGAGGUGAGGGGCCGCUACUGGCGGCGCAGUUUCCGUUGGCGACAUGAGUUUGGCUGGGGGCCGGGCCCCGCGGAAGACCGCUGGGAACCGGCUUUCUGGGCUCCUGGAGGCAGAGGAGGAAGAUGAGUUCUACCAGACGACUUAUGGAGGUUUCACAGAGGAAUCUGGAGAUGAUGAGUAUCAAGGAGAUCAGUCAGAUACUGAGGAUGAGGUAGACUCCGACUUUGACAUCGAUGAAGGAGAUGAACCAUCCAGUGAUGGAGAAGCAGAAGAGCCAAGAAGGAAGCGCCGAGUGGUCACCAAAGCUUAUAAGGAGCCUCUAAAGAGCUUGAGGCCUCGAAAGGUCAGCACCCCAGCAAGUAGCUCUCAGAAGACCCGAGAAGAGAAAGCAUUGCUUCCAUUAGAGCUACAAGAUGAUGGCUCUGACAGUCGGAAGUCCAUGCGUCAGUCUACAGCUGAGCACACAAGGCAGACCUUCCUUCGGGUUCAGGAAAGGCAAGGACAGUCCAGGAGGCGAAAGGGGCCCCACUGUGAACGCCCACUAACCCAGGAAGAACUGCUCAAGGAGGCUAAGAUCACCGAAGAGCUCAACUUGCGUUCACUGGAGACAUAUGAACGACUUGAGGCUGACAAAAAGAAGCAGGUUCACAAGAAGCGGAAGUGCCCUGGGCCAGUCAUCACCUACCAUUCAGUGACGGUGCCGCUUGUUGGGGAGCCUGGCCCCAAAGAAGAGAAUGUGGACGUAGAAGGACUUGAUCCUGCACCCACAGCUUCUGCAUUGACUCCGCAUGCUGGGACUGGGCCUGCCAUCCCUCCUUCUCGCUGCUCACGUACCUUCAUCACAUUUAGUGAUGAUGCAACAUUUGAGGAAUGGUUCCCCCAGGGGCGACCCCCAAAGGUUCCUGUUCGAGAGGUCUGCCCAGUGACCCAUCGUCCAGCCUUGUACCGGGACCCUGUUACAGACAUACCCUAUGCCACUGCUCGAGCCUUCAAGAUCAUUCGUGAGGCCUACAAGAAAUACAUCACUGCCCAUGGACUGCCACCCACUGCCUCAGCCCUAGGCCCUGGCCCACCACCUCCUGAGCCACUCCCUGGCUCUGGGCCCCGAGCCUUGCGCCAGAAAAUUGUCAUCAAAUAAAGAGAUGUCUGGUCUUUGGAAAUCUUCCUCCCCUGACCUGGAGCUCUUGACUUCUCCUCUCCUCUCCCUGCUCCUCACCAUGCCCCUCUGAUCUUUGUUCAGUCUUCUGUAUUUCUUUCACCAUCUUUUCCCCUAGUUCUUUCUGGUUUUGUUGCCUUUUUUAAUCUAAUAAAUUAGAUCCCUUUUAUGAA